AUGUCCGAAACACAUGACCAAAAUCAACAGCAUAAAACCACCAAAUCUUCUUCUUCUUAUUGUUCUGUUUUGCUUAAACUCUUUUCCGAUCCCUUCAAAAUUUUCUUCCGAAACAAACACAUUCUCUUCCCAAUCCUCCUUUUCUUGACCCUCCCUCUUUCUUUCCUUCUAUUUUCCCUUUCUUUCUCUUCCCGCCCUCUCAAACGCCACAUCUUCCACCUCGAAUCCAUCGCUCUCUAUUCUUCCACGCGCUUCGAAGCACGUCACGUCUUGAAAGAAUCACGUGACGAAUCCCUGUCUCUCCUCCGUCUCAAACUCUUCUUUUCCUUGCCUUCCUCCAUUCUCUCUCUUCUAUCCUUCAUCUCCACUGUCCACGUCACCUCCCUUUCCGUUUCCCUCUCCCCUUCCAACCGCCCUUCCUUCCUCUCCACCGUCAACGCCCUCAAACUCGCAUGGAAGCGCGUUGUUGUCACCUCCCUCUGUUCCUACGCCCUCUUCCUCCUCUAUAUCCAAGUCCCGCAGCUUUUCUCAGCCGCAUUUCGAAACCACCCUCGGUUAAGCCUACCCAUUUUGCUGAUCGGGUUGGGUUUUGAAGUUUACUUAAUGGGGGUGUUGGGUUUGGGCCUGGUGGUGUCGGCAUUAGAGGAGAAAUUCGGGUGGGAUGCGUUUCGGGUCGGGUCGGAUUUAAUGGUGGGGAGGAGAGUUUGUUGGUGGUGCAUUACUUGCAUGUUGGUGGUAGUCUCGGGAUGGAUUGGGAGUCGGUUUGAGAAGCUAACGGACAGUGAGGAUUUGGUGAAGUCGGGGGUUUUGGCGGUGUUGAUGGGGUGGGAAACGGUGGGCUUGUUGUGGUUUUACGGGGUGUUGGUCAUUUGGAGUUUUAUGGGUACCACGGUUUUUUACUGCGACUGUAAACACCGGCUUAAUAAAGCUGUAAAUCAUAGCUCAAGUGGUACGGAGUUAACUGAUUUUACAGUGUAA